AUAGAAACUUUUCACUACCGCCAAAAAAUGCCGGCCAAUCGCUCCGUGGUUGACCGACCACAACCGCAAAAGAGAGCUGCGCUGAGUUGAGCCGAGCAGGGGGGGAAGCAGGCGAGCGCAUGGAGGAGACGGCGGCGGCGGCGAGGAGCACGGUGUGCGUGACCGGUGCCGGCGGCUUCCUCGCGUCGUGGCUCGUGAAGCUCCUCCUGUCCAGCGGCCGCUACGCCGUCCGCGGCACGGCGCGCGAUCCUGGUGAUGGCAAGAAUGCUCACCUCAUGCCGCUGGAAAACGCUGGGGAGAGGCUGCAGCUGUUGAAGGCUGACAUGCUGGACUACGGCAGCGUCGCCUCCGCAGUCGCCGGCUGUGAGGGUGUUUUCCAUGUCGCCAGCCCUGUCCCAUACGGCCAGCCCUCCAAUCCUGAGGCAGACGUAAUAGCUCCUGCUGUUACUGGCACAUUGAACGUAUUAAAAGCUUGCUAUGAGGCAAAAGUUAAGAGAGUUGUGUUAGUCUCUUCAGUUGCUGCUGUGUUCAAUAAUCCUAAGUGGCCCAAGGGCAAGGCCUUUGAUGAAGACAGUUGGUCAGAUGAAGAUUAUUGCAGAAAGAAUGAGGAAUGGUAUUUGCUUUCUAAAAUAUUGUCAGAGCGUGAGGCUUCUGCUUAUGCAGCAAAAACUGGGCUGGACAUGGUAACCAUUUGCCCAUCAUUGGUAAUCGGGCCAUUGAUGCAAUCUACAUUAAAUACAAGUGUUAAAAUCUUCCUCGAUUAUAUCAAAGGGGAUCACGAGACCAUUGAAAAUAGACUUAGAAAUCUAGUGGAUGUCCGUGAUGUUGCUGAUGCUCUUCUUUUGGCUUAUGAAAAUUCAAAGGCAUCUGGACGAUAUAUUUGCAGUUCAACCCCAAUAAGGGUCCGUGAUAUUAUGGACAUACUAAGGACUAUGCAUCCAACAUCCCGUUGGCCCAAAAGCUUUGUGGAAGUGCAAGACGACUUCACAUAUGACACGGACAAGAUUCAGAAGCUAGGGUGUGCCUUCAGGCCCAUGGAGGAAACCAUCCGGGACAGCAUCAUUUGCUACAUGGAUCUUGGCAUCCUGAAGUGAGCCUCCGGCUGCUAGCUGCUUGCACUUGCCACCUAGUAUUCGUUUCCAACACGGUAAAGCAGAAUACGCUUGUGUGGAACCAGCGAGAGAAUGGUGAGAGAAACAGAACUGGAGCAACAUAUAUAGUUCUUGUUUCGUUUUACGUUCCCUUUUUUUUUUUUACCAUGGCUGUGCUUGGGAGUUGGAACAGAUUAAAUAGUCGUAUUGUAUGACCCUCUGAGUGAUAAGUAAUUUCAGAAUUGAACUGCCAAUUCAGAAUUUUCUGAAAAUGAACGAAAGAUCUGUAGUGCUUACUGAAUGA